AAUAAUAUUUCUCAGUGCCCAGCGGUCGGCAAAACUUGUGAACAGUUCCCCUGCAUAAGUUCGCCUUUAAAAUUCAAUCUGUUCGGAUCGUGCUUGCGAAUAGGCCACAUUAAAACCAAAAAAAAAAAACAAUUAAGUAGUUAAAAGCUUUUAAAGAAAUAAAAAGGUUUAUUAACAGAAUAUCCUGAAAUUUUAAUUUAAUCUUCCAGUGAUUUUAGUGCAUUUUCCAUUUCGAUGAACUUUAUUCAGUCCAAAUGUUUCUAAUUAGAUUAUUUUAAUACGUUGAGAUAAUACUCUUAUUUCGAUUUCUCUAACUCCUAACAUUCACUGCUGUAGUAAAUUCCUCCAGAGUGUGAAGGUUUUUUGAUUGGAAAUAAAAUUUUUAAAUUCUCUAUCCAGGGAAAAGUCUGUGUUUGGAAAAUUUAUUAAAAUAAAAAAUAAAUAUGGAAAAACUACAAUCAUAUCAAGGCUAUUUGGGACGCUUCCACGAGUGGCGUGAUGAAGUUAAAGACAAUUACAGAAAUUGGCGUGAAGAAGGCACCUGUGAAUGCUGGGAGACAAUAAAGAGUGGCUUGAGGAAUUUAUCAUCUUCCCUGCGUGGCGGUGAAUCCCCAGAUACUCAAGAUUACUCCCAUAUUUACAGGAAGAAAUCAAGACGAGAACUCGUGCGGAUAUCCGCUGCUGUGAUGGGCAUUGAAUUCUCAUAUGCAGCCGAGACAGCCUUUGUAUCGCCCACCCUUCUCAAGAUAGGUGUUUCGCACCAGAAGAUGACUUUGGUGUGGGCCCUCUCACCACUCGUGGGAUUUUUCCUAACGCCAAUUUUGGGCUCCCUGAGUGAUCAAUGCCGCCAUAGAAUGGGCCGAAGACGACCAUUUAUUAUCCUUCUCUCACUCGGAGUCCUUCUUGGACUUCUUCUGGUGCCAAAUGGCGAAUCCAUUGGCUAUGCACUCGGUGAUUCAGCUCCAACUGCCAAUGAUUCGUGGACAAACACAACGCAGAUCAAUGUGCUUCCUCAUAGAUCAUCAGCAUCGAAUAUUAAUGUGAUUGAGUCAGAUGAAAGAGAUAAUUUCCAUCCCUGGGGAAUAUUCUUCACAAUCCUCGGGACAGUCUUGCUGGAUUUCGAUGCAGAUGCCUGUCAGAGUCCCUCCAGAGCUUAUCUCCUCGAUGUCACUUUACCAGAAGAUCACGCAAGAGGCCUCUCGACUUUCACCAUUAUGGCUGGCCUGGGUGGAUUCCUUGGUUACUCACUGGGCGGCAUAAAUUGGGAUGAGACAGCACUUGGAAUAUUACUGGGGGGACACGUGAGAGCUGUUUUCUCCCUCAUAACAAUAAUAUUUGUUAUUUGCGUGUCCUACACCAUUACUAGUUUCAGUGAGAUUCCCCUGGAUGUGGCCGAGAGGCAAUUACAAGUUGAUGUGAUUGCGGAGCAAAAUGAUGCCCCACAGAUACAACUUCAAACGAAAAGGCAUUCAGCUGAGGCUCAAACUAAUUUACUUGGACAUACGAGUGAAAAUUACGGAACCCUUGAAAAUGAGGAUGUAGACAGAUUAACCAUCCCCGCCAAUAAUCAAAAGAGAAGAUACACCCUGCCACCAAUCCCGCUUAAUCUUGAAAGAAAAUUAUCAGAAGAGGAAAUUGCUGAAACUACCUUCAGUGAGAAUGUCCAAGUCCCUAGAAUUAGUGAACCAAGUCAAGGGGAAGCAGCUACACUGACUCACUAUCUCUUAUCAAUCAUCUGGAUGCCGUAUUCAUUGAGAAUUCUUUGUCUUACGAAUUUCUUCUGCUGGUCUGCCCAUGUUUGCUACUCCCUGUACUUUACUGAUUUUGUUGGGGAAGCUGUAUUUAAUGGAGAUCCAAAGGCAACUGAGGAUGAUCCAAAGAGAGAAUUGUACGAAAGUGGCGUUCGUUUUGGAUGCUGGGGAAUGGCUAUGUACUCAUUAUCCUGUUCAUGCUACUCACUUAUCAUUGAGAAACUCAUAAAGCGUUUUGGCGCAAAACGCGUUUACAUUGGCGGGCUUCUCUUCUACUGCUCCGGAAUGACCAUGAUGGCACUCACUAAGCAUCGCAUUGGAGUUAUUAUUUUCAGUUGGACAGCUGGUGUAAUGUACUCAACUCUCUUUACAAUGCCCUACCUCCUCAUAGCACACUAUCAUUCCCAAGGAACGUUUGAAGUAAAUGCGGAUGGGAAUGCGAAAUUGGGCACGGAAGUACGUGGAUUAGGGACAGAUGUUGCAAUCGUCAGCAGUAUGGUGUUCCUAGCUCAAUUUAUACUAUCUAUCUGCAUGGGAUCAAUUGUAUCGUGGUCAGGUACAACAACAGCAGUCGUAAGUGUUGCGAGCUUUCUCAGCUUCUGUGGUGCACUCUCAGCCACGCAAGUUAUGUACCUCGAUUUGUAGUUAUCAUGAGUAUUUACAAAAUAUUAUAUUCAAAAGUAAUCAUUUUAAAAUAUUGAUGUACGUAUAUUGAAAAAAAAAGAACAUUUCUCUUUAAGUGUAAAAACAAACAGAAUAUGUUAUUAAACACUUCACUGUGUAAAAGCUUCA